UAAUGAUAAUAAUAAUAAUAAAGAAGUCAGUAGUGUAUAAUAAUAAUUUGAAAAAAAACAACACUUAUUUAAAAAGUCAACUUCUACAUGGAGUGUUUGGGCCGCAAAACAGCAAAACUACACUUUUCCUCUUCUCAACAAUCAGCCCUCGGUAAAAUGACGGUAAACCGCCUCCUGACUUCCUGGUAUGCACCGAGACGCGGUCGACAACUUGCACAGAGUCCUCGCGACCGAUCCGGUCCUUCGCAACGCUGAAACUCUCGGAGGAGAACCAAGUUGUGUUGUGUCGACAAAAACAAAACCCAAAGCAACCGACGACAUUGCCCAGGUGACUCACCUGAGGGAAACAGGAAGUGAAAUUCCACUCCUGAGAUGCCACUCCCUUCUGGCUGUUUAUAUGACUGGGCCUCAGAACAAAACGCAGACAGGACUUUGUGUCUCAGUGUGUUUCCACGGUUCUCCUGAGGCCGUGGCAGCCAUGGCAUCAGAGCCUAGCACCCAGUCCAGGGUGAUGUUCCAGGCAACCGACAAAACAGAGGAGCCGGCGCACCGCAAAUUGGGCAAGCUGACUGUCAAAUACAACCGCAAGGACCUGCAGAGGAGGCUGGAUAUUGAGGAGUGGAUCGACGGACAGCUGCACCUGCUGUUUGACUGUGAGGAGGAAGAGAUCCCAGAGUUAGAGAUUGAUAUAGAUGAGCUCCUUGAGCUGUCAGAUGAGGGGCAGAGAACUCGGCUCCAGGAGCUGUUGCAGGAAUGCGGGAAGCCAAAAGAGGAUUUUAUCAACGGGCUGCUCUACAGGAUAAAGGGUCUACGCAAAAUGUCAGGUCCCUUGAAGAAAUAAUUAUAGGUCAAAUAAAGAAUUGAGACAAUGUGGAGCCUUUUAUCUUCCCAUCUCCCACGCGUUAACUGUUUGGAUGCCUGUAUGUGUGGUUCACAUGUCAGUGGGACUCUCUUCCUGGGUCAGCAUCAGUCUUACAACAGAGCCGUUGGGUUUUUAUUAGAUUUUUUUUUAUUAUUAUUUCACUUUAAUUUAUGGACUGCUAUAACAUUACUCAUAAACCAAUAAAACACAGGUGAUAAAAGUUGUAUUGACUAUUACUCCGAUGGACUGAUUUUUUUUUUGUGUAAGACUGUACAUUUUCAGUUGCCUAUUUAUGUAUAUAGAUAUUUUUGUUCUGAUA